AGCAACAAGGGGUCCAGCGAGGCACACCUAACACUACCCAGUAUCCUUGUUCAGUCACACACCCGGCAUCUUUCCCGCGCCGGAACCAGUCAUCAGCAAGCAGGUGAAGCUAAGAGCUCGAGAUACCUCUUCACGGUGGCACACGAGGCCCGGGAGAGAGUAGCCAUGGCCGACCCCGAGAAGAACUUCGCCUCUCAUGAUUCUCAGGAUGAAGACACCAUCGGCACCAUCCAAGGUGUACUACCCGACCCUGACGCCCACCUCAGCCAAGAGGAGAAAGACAAGAUCGACCGUAAACUGGUCUGGAAACUCGAUUGGAUACUAAUACCUUGGCUAUGCAUCCUGUACCUGCUCGCCUUCCUGGACCGGACCAACAUCGGCAACGCCAAGGUGGCGCACCUCACCGACGACCUGCAGCUGAGCCUGCCGCACGAGUACAACGCGACGCUCACCAUCUUCUUCGUCUCGUACUCGGUGUUCGAGCCGCUGACCAACGUCCUGCUCAAGAGGCUGCGCCCGUCCAUCUUCAUCCCCAUCAUCAUGAUACUAUGGGGCGCUUCCAUGACCGGCAUGGGCUUCGUCCACAACUACUCUGGCCUCCUCGCUGCGCGCUGGUUUCUCGGCCUCACUGAGGCCGGUCUGUUCCCCGGGGUCAACUACUACCUCUCGUGCUGGUAUAAGCGCUCCGAAUUCGGCGUCCGAGCUGCGAUCUUUUUCUCAGCUGCUGCCGUCUCGGGCUCCUUCGGUGGCCUCCUCGCGGCCGCGAUCGAGCAGAUGAACGGGGUCGGGGGUCGUCCGGGCUGGUCGUGGAUCUUCAUCCUCGAGGGCCUGCUAACCGUCAUCUUCGGCGUCGCGUCGUUCUGGAUGGUGCACGACUUUCCGGACCAGGCGCGCUUCCUGUCGGAAGACGACCGGGCCCGCGUCGUGCGACGGCUCAAGACGGACCAGCAGUCGUCGGCCGAGCACGAAGAGUGGAAGAUCAGCUACCUCAUCGCCGGUCUUAAGGACUGGAAGAUGUGGCUCGGCAUGGCCAUCUACAUGGGCUGCGACAUGCCGCUCUACGCCUUCUCGCUCUUCCUACCCAGCAUUAUCCAAGAGCUCGGGUGGGGGACGAGCACGGUGCGGGCGCAGCUCCUGAGCGUGCCCCCUUACGCUGCCGCCGCCGUUCUGACCGUCGCCAUCGGGUUCAUCGCCGACCGGACGCGGCAGCGGGGCUUAUGCAACAUCUUUGUCAGCCUGGUGGGCGUGGUAGGGUUCCUGAUGCUGCUGGCAUCGACCGACCCACGGGUCAAGUACGCGGGCACGUUCCUGGGCGCGCUGGGCAUCUACCCGUGCAUCUCCAACACGAUCAGCUGGAUGGCGAACAACAUCGAGGGCGUAUAUAAGCGCGGAGUAGUGCUCGGUUUUGUCAUCGGCUGGGGCAACCUCAACGGCAUCGUCAGCUCGAAUAUAUACUUCAACCCACCGCGCUACCUCGAGGGCCACGGCGUUCUGGUCGCUUAUAUGACCGUCUUCCUCUUCGGGGGGAGCUUGCUCAUGACCGUCCUCCUGCGCGUCGAGAACCGCCGCCGUCGCGAGGGCAAGCGCGACUACCGCGUCGAAGGCAAGUCCGCGGCCGAGAUCGAGGCCCUCGGCGACAACAGGCCCGACUUCAUCUACACCAUCUGAUCAGCCUUAGAGGGCGAUGGGGAAGGCGGCGGGCUUAGAGAGCCGCCAAUAAGCGAAUACGUAUUUGUUACCUAGAUGUAUAAGCGACUAGCCACGUGUGUAAAAGGUCCUAUACGGGGA